CCUCACCUGCGCAGGCCGCGGUGCGCCAGGUGCGGAGGCGUGUGCGUCGCCUGGGCACCUCCCACGGCAGCCAGCGGGGCGGAGGCGGGGCCGCUGCCCGGGCCUCCUGCGGCUCGCUCGACCGUCUCGGUCAGUCUCACCGGUCCGCCGGGCCCCGCGGCUCGGGAUGCUGUUGCUGCUCGCUCGCUCGCCGCCCUCCACGCCAGCCCCCGCCGCCGGGGCCGCACCUCGCUGUUUACAUGCCGGUGGAGCCCGGGUCCCCCGAGGGUGAAAGCAACCGGCUCACUGGACUGAUCCCUCGGACCUGGGGCUCCGUACUCAGAUUCUCUCCUGCCCGCAGCCUCCGCCGCCAUCUGGACUGGAUCCGGCUCUGGUGUUUUUGAGGAGGGGGGUGUGGUGUCGGGAAAGGAAUCCUGGGGUUUUCUAGUAUCCCCCCCCCUAUUUUCCCCCUCUUUUUCUUUUUGGCCCUGCGGGCUUCAGACUCAGGGAACUCGCUCAUGGCUUUUUUGAUGAAGAAGAAGAAAUUUAAAUUCCAAACCACUUUCACCUUGGAGGAGCUGACUGCGGUCCCCUUCGUGAACGGGGUCCUCUUUUGCAAGGUCCGGCUGCUGGAUGGCGGGGAUUUUGUCAGCUUGUCGUCCAGGGAGGAGGUGCAGGAGAACUGUGUACGAUGGCAGAAGAGAUUCACCUUUGUGUGUAAAAUGAGUGCCAACCCGGCCACAGGCCUGCUGGAUCCCUGCAUCUUUCGAGUGUCUGUGCGCAAGGAACUGAAAGGUGGGAAGGCGUAUUCUAAGCUGGGCUUCACUGACUUGAACCUGGCCGAGUUUGCAGGCUCAGGCUCCACGGUGCGCUGCUGCCUACUGGAGGGAUAUGACACCAAGAACACGCGCCAGGACAACUCCAUCCUCAAGGUCACCAUCGGCAUGUUCCUGCUCUCCGGAGACCCCUGUUUUAAGACGCCACCGUCUACUGCCAAGUCCAUCUCCAUCCCAGGCCAGGACUCCUCCCUGCAGCUGACAUGUAAAGGCGGUGGGACCAGCAGUGGUGGCAGCAGCACCAGUUCCCUAACUGGAUCCCGGCCCCACAAGGCCCGGCCCACCAUCCUGGGCUCAGGACUGCCAGAGGAGCCAGACCAGAGCCUGUCCAGUCCUGAGGAGGUGUUCCACUCUGGCCACUCCCGCAACUCCAGCUAUGCCAGCCAGCAGUCCAAGCUAUCUGGCUACAGCACAGAGCACUCUCGCUCCUCCAGCCUGUCUGACUUGACACACCGCAGAAAUACAUCCACUAGCAGCAGCACCUCUGGUGGCCUCAGCAUGACUGUAGAGGGUCCUGAGGGCAUCGAGAGGGAGCAUCGGCCCUCUGAGAAGCCACCUCGGCCUCCUGAGAAGCCCCCACGCCCCCCACGCCCCUUGCAUCUGUCAGACCGCUCUUUUCGGCGAAAGAAGGACUCAGUGGAGAGCCACCCAACCUGGGUGGAUGACACUCGAAUUGACGCAGAUGACAUUGUGGAGAAGAUAAUGCAGAGCCAGGACUUCACUGAUGGCAGCAACACUGAGGACAGUAACCUUCGGCUGUUUGUGAGCCGGGAUGGCUCCACCACACUGAGCGGCAUUCAGCUGGCCAACAGAGUCUCCUCAGGAGUCUACGAGCCAGUCGUGAUUGAGAGCCACUGAGGGACCCAGCUGUCCAGUGAAGAACGGUCCUGCCGUCUCUGGCACCCAGGCCAGUGGCGUUCCUGGAGGAGCUGGAAUCCCCUUCGGACCUGCUCCGCAUUGCGUCUGUGCCUCCUUAUUCUAGCCACACCGGCCCCCAACUCGUCAUUCCAUUGUCCUCCAGCCACCCUGGAACCGCUGGUCCUGGGUGCCACUGUGAAUAUUGCCUUCCGAACCACUAGAAAAUGGGGCAAGAUGGAGCUGGCCAGGACUGCCCUGACUGGAGAGGACCUGGGCCCAGCAAAGAACACACAGCCAUUCCGUGUUGGGGUGCUUGUGGCUGCCCCGUCCCUCUAUCCCAUGACCCACCUCAGGAGCCCCAGUGUCAGCCAGGCUGACGGGGCACUUGUUCCACUGUCCUUGCCCUUCAGGAGCUGGGCCACCCCAGAAUCCUGCCCUGUGACCCUCUGCCUACUGCUUCUCUGUCUUUUCUCUGUAUCCUGAGGAGACCUGCAGGCAGCCUUCUCCUGGGAGCCAAGACCUCAAACCCGACCCUCUGGAUUGAGACCCCCCCCCUUAACUGUUCUGCUGCCCUGCAGCCUGCACUUUGCACGUGCUUGUCCCCAGCACAGCCGCUGGCCCUGCCCCUUGCCCUUCUCCAGGACUCCUGGGUGCUGUCUGCUGUGCAACCAGACCUAGGGAACAGUAGCCCGGCUGGAACGUGGCACUACCCUUUCCCUCUGAUUAUCCCCAACUCAGACCCAAGACCAGAGCCCAGAAAGGCCUGAGCAUCACAGUGCCAUCUGCCCGGGGCUGGGUCCUGAGCAGUUGGCCUUCCUGCAGGAAAGGAAGGGUGAGGCCCAGCCAUGCUGGGUAAGCAAAGGCCUUUCCUCUGCUCUCAUGUCAGCAGGCCUGGGCUGGGUUCCAGGCUAGAGGGUCAGUCAGCCAGCCAGGUGGACUGUGACUGGAUGAACUGGAGCUGGCUUACUGCCAGACGAGCCUCAGCCCUCCUGGGCAAGGGUCAUGCUUUCCCUGGGGAGUCUGGCCCUGUGCCCUGCCUAGGAUGUCCCCUUCCUACCCACCCUCUUGGUACCUCCCCAGGCCCAGCACUUUCUGUCUGCCCUGUAAUUUGCUUAAAGGGGAGUAUAGGCUGCCCACUCAGCCCUGGAUAAACUCCCACCCUGUUGUUAAGUUUCACUCACUUUGUAUCAACCCAGCAGGCUGGCGUUUCCUUGGCCCCUUAAGGUGUUUUUCUUUUCCUCCUGAAUUCCCAGUUCUUGUAUUCCUUCCACCCCAACAAGGGGAGAUAGGUGCCUCUGUUCCCCACUCCACCUACACCCCAGCAGGGCUGGGGAUAGGCAGGUAUGGGACACUGUUUCUAUGGCUGGGAUGGCUGGACUCCCCGGGUUGGGAGGUUCCUUGCCUAGUUUGUGUCUUUCUCAGCUGGCAAAAGUUGGGGCUGUGGUCUUGAAGCUGCCUCGUGUUGGGACCAGAUCAUUUCUAUGUGUUCUGUGGCAGUUGUAUUAAUCAGCAGAUGAAUGUUAGAAGAUGCUGCCAAGGCAAGGUGGAACAUGGCUAGGGAAGGUUCUGGAGCUCAGAUCUCUUCCUGCGCAGCAGGCACUUGAAGGUCUCUGGCAGCUCUGUUCCUAGGUGAGGUGACUCCAGAAGAUGGGGACAGCGCUGUUGUGCUUGUCUAGGGCCUUCCCCAGUCAGAGCGUUAUUUUGGUCUAGUUCUAAAUUCCAGGGCUCCAGACACAAAGUGGUUGGUACCGUCAGGAAGAAUGCUCCAAACCAAGAGCCCCUGCCUAACCCAAGCCAGGGUCUGGACUGGUUAGACAGGAGCUGCCAGUCCUCCGCUUCCAGGCACUGGGUCAGGAUUACUGGGCUGAAAACAUGGCCACAACCAAAUGAACACUGGUGGGAGCCAGAGGCUAAGAGCCUUUCCUCGUGUGCUCGGUGACUCCCUCAGGUGACCAGAGCCCCUGGACUUCAAAUCCUACAUACAAAGAUAGGAUAUAUUAGAGAUAUUUUUGGAAAGGAAUUGGUCUAUGCAAUGCCAGUUUGGAACCUAGAAGACAGUUUAAUGUUUCUAUUAGAGAGAUAUAAAGAUCUGCAAUAUUUUUAGGGGUCUUUUCUGGUUACCCUACAACUGACCACACUGCAUGGUCUGGCAGGAUGAGCAGGCCCGUCUUCCUCUGUGGGGAGGAGCGUUUGCUUUCGUUUUAUUCCUUUCUAACCAGGUUACCCCUGCACCCCAUUCCAUGGGCUGUUUGUAUCUCUGUCUCAGCUUAUGAUAGAAGACUAUGUCAUAUGGGGAAAUCAGCCUAGUGUCAAUGUGUGGUUUGGGGGUGAAAUUAAAUGUUGAUGUUUUUGUUACUGUU